UCAUGUCGUGAAGUCCACAAAUCCACCACAGAUAGACUGUGAGCUUGAGAAAUGUCGCCGGUUUAUGGAGAUGGCUCGGUCUUUCGGAAAUCCAGGAAAAGAAUGUGUUCAUCUAGAGAGAACCAAAAAUGCAAGACCGUAUGUUAAGCCAGCAACCCUGACAUCAGAGUCACUUCAGGACAUGCUGAGCAGCGGGCGGAUGUCGUCCGAGUGGGGUGUAAAAUGCGAGGAGCUCAACACUGUUGCAAAGCAAUGUGGUGUUGAUAGUGUGUUUCCUGUAUGUUUUGGAGAUCAGGGAUCCUCACAGAGGUGGUAUUUUUUCUCAGUUUUUACAAAUGAAACCGAAAACUGGUGUCGGUUUAAGAGGACGAGGGUGACGUUUGAUUCGGUGACAGGACAGUGGAAUUGCCAGUGUCGGGGUACCAGUAGAUCUCACCGAUGUAUCCACAGAAUGAUGGGAACAUGGUGGAUUUUCCAGGAGUCAACAGGGACUGUGGUGUCCAAUUCUGAUAUUCAAGUAGAAGACAUUGGUGACUUGGGAAGCCAUAUGAUUGAGAGCAGCAUUAUGUGUGAGCCACCAAAGGAAAACUCCACUGCAAAGGUCUGUAAGAUGACAGAAUAUAUUUACACAAAAAAACGGAUUCCACGACUGAAGGAACUGAAGCUCAGGACUCAGGAGGAAAAACCACCGCCAUGCUUUGUUCCUUUGGAAAACACCUGUCCUUACUGUCCAGGCCCCACCCCUCCUGCACUUAAUCGCCACAAAACAGUCACCACCAAAGCUGUGGUGUAUGGAAUUAGUAAAGUCCUAAAAGGUGUCUCUGUUGCUGUGAAAGAGUGCCCGAGCUGUGCCAACACCGUAAGAUUUCAGGAAUAUUCCUCUGGUUUCCAUAAUUUCAACAACCGUGUCUUCUUAACUCUGCCACUUUGUCAGCUCCUGCUGUCAGGCUUGGAGAACAAGACAACUAGUGGAUGCAUGUUAGACACUCUGUCACUCUUUAAUGACAAUCGGUACCACCACCAAAUGGUGAAGAAGGCCUUCCACCACUUCCUGUCAUUAUCAGACUUUGACUUCAACUACUUUUGCUACCAGUGUGGACACCACCCAGCUGUGGUAGUGGCAGAUGCUAACUGGAAACUGGUCUUAGAUGUACCCAUUGGGACCUUUAAAAGGCCAGAUCCAAAUACCAUAUCUGACAAGGAUCUGGAAGUGGACAUCAUAAAGGCAUGGACAGAUCUGGACAAGUCACUGAUAGCAGAAGGCCUCAUACAAGGAACAUCUGUGGCAAACCCAUACUGCAAAACUGAUCGCCACUCAACUUUGGCUCCGUGGAUGGGAGCACACACCAGGGUUGGGAAUAUUCUGCCAAAAACAGAAGUUAAAAAAGUUCUGACAAAAGCAUCCGAUGACACGAAGCAUCCGCCAGAACAGAUCAACGAGGAAUUAAUACUUCAAAUCAUUAACUCAGAGAAGCCCCAAAAGAAGAAACUCCAGGAAGCUUGCUGUGCCCUGGGUGUAUCUGGUGAAGGAUCCAUAGCUGAUAUGAUUAACAGACUCCAGGAACUUAUGAACUUUAAAGACAUACACCCAAAGCUUUAUGUGAAGUUACAGAAAGCUGGUGGUGAUGUUCUACAUUUCUCCUGUGUCCAUGGUGUUGUGUAUUACAUCAACUUUCUCUUCUGGACGGAGUCAGCCAGAGACCACGCAGAUGGCCUGCUCAGUUUUAAGCACUUUCCUACCUGUUACAUUUCUGAUGUAGCCAGUCAGGUUGCCCAUCACACUAAUAACCGAACUGGUCAGAAGUUUUUUCAGCCACAGGAUGGAAGACUCUGUGCACCAACCACAGAUAAUAUAAAACUAGCAGGCAAAAAGAAACUAAAGAUUGACAUGCAAUGGGUGAAGAAUUUGAGGUCUCAAUUACCGGUACAGAAAGAGCAAGAUACCAACAGAAUGGCAGCAAUACAUCCCGUCACAAGGACAUCUGAACGGUACUCACUAUAUGACCGAUUCCACCAAAUAAAUCCAAGAGAUCCAGAGGAGAAGUUACGAAGUCUCAGCAUCUGCCCCGCGCUACGACGAGGAGUCAAAUCUGUGGUAGCAGAAGAGUUCAAUCGAGAACUCGCAUCCCUUCAGUAUUCAUGGUCCCAAAUGAAGGAAUCGCACUUCAAACAGACUGUGAGGGUGUUGAUUGACCUACACAAUGAGAAAAUCAACAGGACAUUUAAGGCUGAGAUGGAGGUUUUGGGCAACACACACUUGUCUGUUGGCCUUCAUGGGAUGUUGGGAUUUCAGACUGCUAAUGGGAAGAAGCAUGUAGCACCUAAAUAUGUAGACAUUCCACCUAAUAAUACCAUGAAGUCCUCUUUCAUAGCACAAUCAUAUGCCACAAGUGAUAAUGACAAGGAGAAACUCAAGCAGCUACUCUCUGGAUCCCUCGAUGAAAACCAAGCCCUGGCUUACGCUUCGAGACGAUUUCCAGUGUCAGUAAAGGACAUUAGCAGUGUUUGCCCAUUAGAUUUGCUUCUGCAGUCAUCAUUGUACAUGCCAUGGAUGACAGAUGAUGCUGUUAACUACCGAGUCGCGCAGCUCGCUCAAGAAAACAAGUGUGGUGCUUUGGGCACCUUUGAUUUCACUUUGUGGCACCGGGAAUGGACCAACUGUGGAGCAGUCAGUGACAAAGUCAUAAAAUGCAUUCCAGACUCAGAAAAGAUAUUCCUUCCCAGAAUUGUGGGUCAUUCUUCACCAGAGACAGGACAUCAUUUUAUUCUAUGGGUUUUUGACUUUAAAGCCAAGCAGAUCAGAAUUUAUGACUCGCUGAUGAGUUCCUGCAGAAUCAGUGAUGAUGACAUGGCCCUGCUCAGAAAUGUCUUCAGGUUUUCUGGUGGGCUUCGAGGGUGGACAGUUACAUAUCCUCCACAGUGGAAGCAGCAGGACUCUGUUAAUUGUGGCGUUUUUGUGUGUUCAGCUGCAGAAAACGAAGUCCUCCAUCAGAAGGUCACUGCGGAGGCUCUGACCCUCAGUCAGUGCAGGAUUCUUCGUCUGCACCACGCAACACAAAUGCUAAAAGAUGUGAAAGCUGAGGACUUGGGCGGGAAACUGCAGGAAGACGAAGGUGAGCAGACAGACUCCAGCAUUCACUGCAUGGCCAAGCAAAUAAAGGCGUGCUUGUUCCAGAGAGUGACCGGGGAAACCAGAGUUUUUCACGACCACACAAAUCAGUAUAUGUGGAUAUUGUGCUCUGCUUGCAAAAACUGGCUGCAUUUUGAGUGUGCUGGCUUGGAGGAAGACUGGGAAUCAAAUGGUUUCUUUUGUGGAUGCACCCAUACAGCUGAUAUAGGCAGCAUGCUGGAGGCUGUUACAGUGGAAGACAUUCUGUCAGAUGAAGAAAUAAAGGAUUUGGAAACAAAAAUGGAGACUGGAAUUGUUCUCUCCAAUCGGAUGUAUCUAUGGAAGCACAGAGGAUUCGAUCCGGCACUCCAUAAACAUUACAGUGAACAUUUUACUUUAUUCAAUAACACAAAGACAGAAGCAAUGAUCCAGCGACUGGACACAAUCCUGUCAGUGCCAGCGGAGAAGCAGCUAUACCUCACAGAGGUCAUUUUACCAGAGGUUUUGAUUCGAUGGCUGCAAAGAAAAGGUAAAAUGUGUCGAUACCGAGCUGAAUCUGUGCUUCUGAAGAGCAAAUGUUACACAGAGGAGGAAAGUGCAGCAGAGGUGACAGCUGGAUGGUCAGAACAUGGAAAUGUUAUUUUGAGAGCCGGCAAAGCUGCAGCUGAAUGGUGCAACAAUAAGAGUUUUAAUGGAAGAAUUAAACAUGUUAAACCUGUUGUGGACAAAGAGGGACAAACACAAACCCCGCAGGGCUCCAAGAACCAGGAAGAAGAUCGUGAUGAGGAUUCACCAACAGAACAUCACACCUUUGUUUAUCAGAAAGACGACUCCCUACAAGAACUGACAAUUGCAUCCAAUGUUUUUGGAGGACUGAGACAUCCUUCAGUGGAGAACAGAGACUGGUUCUGUCAUGUCUCAAUGUGGAUCCUAUGGAAGUCAAUCAAUGGCAAAAAGUUUGUGUAG